GUCACCGUCCGGCCGCGCUCCGCCUCGCCCCUGCCGCCCCCGGAGCAAGCGGCGCCGCUGGCCUCCCCCCCGCCCCCCCAUGGCACAGGCUCAGGCUCAGGCUCAGGCUCCCGCCGCGCGCGGCUCCGGCGACGGCCAGAUGGGCAAGUCCAGGAAGGUGGCGCUCAUCACGGGCAUCACCGGCCAGGAUGGCUCGUACUUGGCAGAGUUCCUGUUGGAAAAGGGCUAUGAGGUCCAUGGAAUUGUGCGUCGAUCCAGUUCAUUUAACACAGGCCGAAUUGAGCACCUAUAUAAGAACCCACAGACUCACAUGGAAGGAAACAUGAAGCUGCACUAUGGAGACCUCACUGACAGUACCUGCCUGGUGAAAAUAAUCAAUGAAGUAAAACCUUCAGAAAUUUACAACCUAGGAGCCCAAAGUCAUGUCAAAAUCUCCUUUGACCUAGCAGAAUAUACUGCUGAUGUUGAUGGAGUUGGCACUUUACGGCUUCUGGAUGCAGUUAAGACCUGUGGCCUUAUCAACUCUGUGAAGUUCUACCAAGCAUCAACAAGUGAACUUUAUGGGAAAGUGCAAGAAAUACCACAAAGGGAGACGACCCCUUUUUAUCCUCGGUCACCUUAUGGGGCAGCCAAGCUUUAUGCCUACUGGAUUGUGGUGAAUUUCCGGGAAGCCUACAACCUCUUUGCUGUGAAUGGCAUUCUCUUCAAUCAUGAGAGCCCUAGAAGAGGAGCAAAUUUUGUAACCCGGAAAAUCAGCCGAUCAGUAGCUAAGAUUCAUCUCGGCCAGCUAGAAUGUUUCAGUUUGGGAAAUCUGGACGCCAAACGAGAUUGGGGCCAUGCCAAAGACUACAUCGAGGCCAUGUGGCUGAUGUUGCAGACCAAUGAGCCAGAAGAUUUUGUCAUAGCUACUGGGGAAGUCCACAGUGUCCGUGAAUUUGUGGAGAAAUCAUUUAAGCAUAUUGGAAAAACAAUUGUGUGGGAAGGAAAGAAUGAAAAUGAGGUGGGACGAUGCAAAGAGACCGGCAAGAUUCAUGUGACUGUGGACCUCAAGUACUAUAGGCCAACUGAAGUGGAAUUUCUGCAAGGAGACUGUUCGAAAGCCAAACAAAAGCUCAACUGGAAACCCCGAGUCACUUUUGAUGAGCUGGUGAAGGAGAUGGUGGAAGCCGAUGUGGAGCUGAUGAAAAACAACCCCAUAGCCUAAACCUACUGGUCUCCUCACUGGGGAGAAGACAUUCCGGGGAGGCUGACCCUUGGCGUGUUAUCAACCAAUCAAGCAACCAAUCAAUCAACUAACCAAUCAGUCGGGGCGGGCAGGGCUGUGGACCUCAAAGAUGGGCAGCCCAGCCCAUCUUGGGCAGGAUGGGGGAGGAAACGCUGGCAUCGAUUGAUUUUUCUGCCCUCUCGUGAAAAGAAGCUUUCCCGCUUCGUGGGUUGUGGGUGGGGAAGGGGGGAGGGGGGCGGAGGGGGUCCGUGUUUAUAGGUUUAGGAUUGAGAAGAUGCAACCACGCUCCUACUUGAUCUUCUUUUAGAAGCCGCAUCGGAAAGGUUUUCGUGACGUUUUAAUCACACAUCAUUCACUUUAACUGAAAUUAUGAUGUUAAACAGAAAUUGUGAGGGCUUCAAAUCGUUUUCAUAUUAAAAAAAAAAAAAGGCUUUUUCUCUACAGCAGGGUAAAGAGUGAGUGGGCAAUCUUUUUGUUUUUUUUCUCAGAGAUAGUCGCCGAAAGCAACCUCAAGACCCAAAGUUUAACACCCCCACACACAACCAGGGAGAUAUUCGCCCCUCGGCUUCAUGUUCCAUUUUCCCUCUCGUCGGGUUAUAUUUUCUGCCAACCGUUUCUCCCAAUCCUCUCCACUUCUAAGGCCCUCCUAGGGCUUUGCCUCCCGUUGAAGUCUUCGGGUCGGGUCGCCCCUGACCUAACUCCAGGUUUGCGGGACAGCUGGCUCCUGCCUUGGAGGGGGAAUGAACCCGAGUAGCCAGCGGCAGGAACGGGCUUCAGCAGCCUUGCAAACUGCAGUCCAGUGUUCCUCCUAUUGGCUUUGGUGUUUUUGUUGGUGGAUUUGUUUUUUUAAGGUCGGUUUUUUGGGGUUUUUUUGGUUGGGGGGCUGGGAGGUGGAGAAGUGGUGACAAUAAGGUCCUCUUUCCAGCCACGGUCAGAACCUAGUUCCUGCAAAAAUUGAACCAUUCACAAUCCCAUCCUGUUUCUGCUUACUAUAAUUAGACCUCAUACGGGAGCUUGAACCAUCUCAAAAGAUGGCUUAAGAAAUAGAAAAAAAAAACUUCAAGGUAAGUAAAUAUUGUUGAAACGUUCCGUGCCAAAGUACCCGGGUUAUGCAGAGGUCGUGGCGUCCAUACAUUUCCCUUUGGUCUAGGAUCUUCCACCCAGAAAUUAUUUCCCUCCUCUUCUCAGCUCUGUAAUCUCAAAAAAAUAAAUAAAUAAAAAUAGAAGGGAGAUUUAUGAUUUACCAGACCCAAGUAGAAAGGACCGAGGAGAGGCUUUAAAAUAUAAAACCCACCUUUGUCCCUCUGAACCUAGUUGCCCUGGUUAACUUAAGAUAGUAUGCACUGCCUAUACAGAUAUGGUGCUAAUGAAUAUACAUGAAUUCACGAACUGUGUAAAAAUCUCUAAGUUUGUACACAUAAUCACACCCAGGGCCACAAAUAGAGUAGGCAGGGUUCGUGUUUAUUAAGACUGUACAUGCAGCCCCUAUGUGUCUAGAUCUGUCCACAUAAGUAAUCUAAAGGCCAAAGACUAAGAAAAUCCAACACCUCACCCUACACAGUUACGUACCCUUUCCCAAAGAAAAGAAAAAGAAAAAUUCACCGCGUAGAGAACGCAGUUCAUUUCUGUGGACACAGUGGUGGUAUGAGAGUCCGAAGUAUUUCUAAAUGUAUUCAA